AUUUACUCCUCUUGGAGUUUACAGGUGGGAAGGGUAAACACUGUAACCUGUUUCUUGUCAUAAAAUUGUCUGUCUUGUUUCCGGCAAAGCGCCGGGUUAUUGGCCGUCCAACACGCACGGCCAGGGGGGAAGAAAAGGGAAAGGGGAUAAGGAGAGCCUUAAUUGGCCCCUAUAAUAUAAUUCUACACCGGCGCGGCGCUGCUGGAUACUUCUGAUCAAUAGAACUGGGAGAGGAGUCAGCCAAAAAGGUUUUUGAAUCAGAGACAUGGAUGGAGGAGGAGAAAUAGAGAAUAUAAAGAGGUGGAUAGUGUUCUACCCAAUUUACAUAAACUCGAAGAAAACGGUGGCGGAAGGGAGGCGGAUAAGCCUCACCAACGCAUGCGAAAAUCCCACUUUCACCGAGAUCGCCGACUGCUGCGCCCAUCUCAAGCUCCCUAAUGCUAUUGAGCUAGAUAAGGCUUAUCCGCGCGACUUCAUGCAAAGAGGGAGAGUGAGGGUAUUGCUGAAAAGGGAGGAUGGGACUCUGUGCAAUCCAGCCAUUUCUUCCAGAAAACAGCUGAUGCUCCGUGUUGCUGAGUUGGUACCUCGGCAUCCUGGGAGGACUAAGAAGCAGGAGCCUGCAUCCUCAUCAACUGCUGGACCUUCCAAAUCCGGAAAGGGUGGAAGAAAGAAGAGAUAGAUCCAAAAUGGUUUUGUUUUGUUUUUUUUUUGAGAAGAGAUCCUUCAAUUCCCACAGACAGCACAAAAGAAGCCCAAAAAAAAAAAAAAAAAUCAAGACUCUGACUGCUAAUAAGAAUUUUCCUUUUUCACAUCCAAAGCCCUAGGGGCAAGCGUAGAGUGCUGUGAAACAGGGUCUCGAUGGAUUGAGACAAAGCAGUUAAACUUUAGAACCUUUUAAUUGGUUUAUGAUUUUAAUCCUUUUGAUUAUUUAUUGAA